AUGGUUGGGGGUAAGCCCGGUAAGUCAAUCGAUCAGUCACAACGAAACAACCCUGACGCAAUGCCAGCAACUUGGGGACAAAGUGGCCUUCCUGCACCCUCGCCACAAACUCGAGACUCUGUAGCACCUGACAGCUGGGCACAAGCAAUGAGUUCAAGGGCAAAUACUCAGCUUGAUCUAUCCGCAUCUUCCUUCCCGAGCCUCAACAACAGCAGCCUCCAAUCACAGGGUCACAAUGUAGGCUCCAGUGCAUGGCAGACUGGGCCACCUCAGAACGAACAGGCACAAAGACAGCAAAUACAGACUUCACGCGCCCACAUCUCUUCUCGGCAGCAACAGGGUAACGCCGGUCGAGACGGCUUCUACCCUACUGAUACCUACUCCAGGAAUGCUCCGAUGGAGUUCUCUUCGGAAUCUUCCCAGCCUGUACGAAGAGCAAGUCAAGCACCCGGCGGACCUCCCGGACUUGCACAGCGGCAACCAAAUCAACAGGGCGACAGCACGCCAGGUGAUCCCAGCAGAGUCACUUCGCCGUCCGGGCAGACACAAAUUUCUCGGUCGCCCAUAUCUCAGAAUAUCAAUGCGGCCAUAGGCCAUGAGAGAUUUCUAGGACAAGAUGGGAGGACGCAAUUACAAGAAUCGCCGUCGCAGUCGCUAGGAAUGCAGCCGCGAGACAUGUUCGCUGAUCGAGAAAUCGGAACAAGAGCCGACCAUGAUUCAAUCUUCGCAGGCAUGAGUGAAAAAGAUAGAUUCGGAAUGAAGGGUUACGUUGCCGAACAGGACAACGCGAGUCCAGCGGCAAGAAGUUUGAUGAGGGGAGUGGACCUGUCAACACUGGGCAUCAACAUGGGUUCUCAAGAGCCGCUACUGUCAUCUUACCCAGGGCCAUGGGCCGAACCCAACGCGACGCCGCUGCGACCACUGGACUCGGAGUACACCAUCCCAGACUGCUACACUGUCAAGAAAAUUGCACCACUGUCGACUCGGAUUACGGGAUUUGUGGACGAAACGCUAUUCUUCAUCUUCUACACCAUGCCUCGGGAUUACAUCCAGAUGCUGGUGGCCCAAGAGUUGGUGGCGCGCAAAUGGCGGUACCACAUGAGGGAGAAGCAGUGGCUCACUAGGGAUGACGCGUCUCCUAGUCCAGUGUUGCUAGAUGACAAAGUGAGCGAGCAAGGCUACUACAUCUGGUGGGACACCAAACUGUGGAAGAAGGUUCGACGCAUCUACACGUUGAGAUAUGAAGACCUGGAAGAACAACCUAGUAUGGGCAAUCGACCAAUUCAUGCAGGUGUCAUGGGUGCAAUGUCGGGAAACAUCAACGGAGGAAUGGGUGUCGGCAAUUUCAACGCCGUGCCCAGUCUGGAGAGGAUGGCCGCCACUGGAAGAGGCUUCUAG